CUUGGCCUGAUCUUGGAGCGUGCUCACACACAUCUCCAGAAUACCAAGACCAGGACAAGAUGCGUUAUUCACAAGCUCUCCUCUUUGCUGGCUCUUUGGCCGAAGGUGGUGUUGCCUCGUCAUUAUACCCUCAACAUCAAUCUGGCCUAGCAGCCAUCCUGGGCAAUUCGAGUUGGUCCGCAGGUACCGCCAUCUCGUAUCCCAAUAGCACAUCCUUCAUCGACUCCACGCUGAGAUGGACUAUCUACGCUCCUCCUUCGUACCAGGCGGUCAUUUCGCCUAGUACAGAGGGCGAUGUAGUGCAAGCAGUCAAUUUGGCACGACGGAAUAAUAUUUCCUUUCUGGCAACUGGAGGCAGGCAUGGGUAUUCGACAACAUUGGGAGAGUUGCAAAACGGUCUUGCCAUUGAUCUGACCCUCCUCAACCACGUCAGCAUAGAUAAGGAUGCGGCCCAACUCACCAUUGGCCCAGGGGUACGAUUUCGAGAUAUUUUUGGGCCCCUCUAUGAGGCUGGGUUCGAGAUCCAAACCGGGACUUGCAGCUGUGUUGGCAUGAUGGGAGCGACACUCGGUGGCGGUAUCGGGCGCUUGCACGGCAUACACGGGCUGAUCAUCGAUGCUCUUCUGUCUGUGCGCCUUGUGACAGCCGGUGGUCAAAUCGUUGAGGCAUCAGAGACUACCAAUCCGGAUUUGUUCUGGGGUGUCCGCGGCGCCGGUCAGAACUUCGGUAUCGUCGUUUCAGCAACUUACAAGCUUCAUCCCCUAACCAAAGGCGGUGUCUGGACAAGUGCCGAUAUCCUGUUCACGCCCGAGAAGAACGUGUCGUACUUCGAGACCGUAGAGAAGAUGCUUCCUCUGCCUGCCGGGCUGACAGUGGAGACUAUCAUGAACUACAACGGUACUCUUGAAUCCCCACAACUUAUGCUGAGCGUUGUGUACGCGGGGCCUCAAGACGAGGCUCUUGAGGCCAUGAAGCCUAUCCUCGACCUUGAACCAUCGUAUUCUCUCAUUAAAGAGAUUCCAUGGACGGAACUCAGCACGCAGACGACUUUCCUCCUCGACGGACCGGUCUGUGUUGAUCACCAGAUCUACGACAUCUACGCUGUCAACCUCCGUAACUUUUCUGUUCCUACCAUGGCCAGCAGCUUUGAGAAGCUGGCCCAGUUCUGGAAAGAGCAACCGGCUGGACGCAAUUCGGUCAUCGUGCUUGAGACUUGGCCGGUUCAGGCAGCGACGGCGGUCCCAAAUGACGCCACGGCCUACCCCUGGCGAGACGCCACUACCUAUGUUAUGAUUCAAAUGAGAUGGGACAAUGUUGGCGACCCCGUGCAGGGCCCAGCUGAUGUCCUUGGGCCUGAGAUCCGCAGCGACAUGGCUGCGACCUCCGGAUAUGACGACCUUACUGUCUACGUCAACUACGCGUGGGGAGACGAGACUAUUGAGCAGAUCUAUGGGAAGGAAAAGCUACCGAAGUUGGCUCAACUCAAGGCUCAGUAUGAUCCUGAUAACGCUUUUGGCUUCUAUCAUGCUCUUCCUAUGUCGUACCCCUGAGGCGACGUUUAACAUCGGUAAAUAGCAGUCUUCUCUUCUUCAUCUUUAUCUUCUGUUUACAUUUUUAGAUCUACUAUAUCUGGAGCGGUGGGCAACUAUAGACAUAGAAUGAACAGGCAAACUUUAAAAUAAAUACAUGUGACAACAUUUGGCA